GGCUUUGCUAAGCCAAGAAGCUGUCGAUUUGCGAGCCGAUUCACGGCAAUCGCAGCUCACUGUCUCUUUCUCAGUUUCUCUCGCUCUCGCUCUUGUCUCCCUCAAAGACAACACGAAACAAUGGUCCUGCAGCUUUUUGCCGGUCACUCUUUCUACGGCGGUGGCGCCGUCGUUGCAGUCGUAUUGGCAAUGAAGAAGAUCCCGUACCAGUUCGUGCUUGUCGACAUGGCCAAGAAGCAGCACAAAUCGCCCGAACACAAGGCGCGCCAUCCGUUUGGCCAGCUGCCCGCUCUUGAUGACGACGGGUUUGUUAUCUACGAAACCCGCGCGAUCUGCAAGUACCUCGAGAACAAGUACCCCGGCCAGGGAGUCAGGCUAGCGCCGCCGCUGAGCGAUAUCAAGGGCCAGGCAAUGUAUGACCAGAUGUUGUCUGUGGAGCUGUGCGAUUUCUACCGUCCGAUGUUACGCGUUGCGCAGGAGGUUAUCUUUAAACCCAUGUUCGGUGCUGAGACGAACCAGGCCAACCUCACGGAUGGUGUCAACGACCUUGGGAUGAAGCUCGACGUCUAUGAAGGCAUUCUGGCGAAACAAAAGUAUAUCGCUGGGAACGAACUUUCCCUGGUCGACUUAUACCACCUCAUUUACGCUCCUGGAUUGGCUCCUGCGGGAGUCGACAUUAUGACGCGCGCAGAGAGGCCACAUGUAGCACGGUGGUGGAACGAGCUCAUAUCGACCCCAACAUAUGUGAAGCUUAAAGCAGAAGGCUAUCCGAUAGAGGCCUAG